GACCGAUUAUUAGUCUGAUACGACUGAUUAAUUUUAGUCAUACCUCACAAUCAUUAUUAAUUCGACUUUUACCCGAAUAAAACCGACACGUGAAGAGUCGUUGUUAAAACUAAUAAUAUUAACGAAAAUCAAGAAUCAAUUAAAUUAUCAAUUAAUUUGGCUCCAUACCGUACAUAAAUGUACUCUUGAAAAUUAUGUAUGAAUGAAACAUAGAGAGAGAUAUUUACCUGAAAAAAGAAAAAAAAUAAAUAUAGUGAGAUAUUUAUUUUUACAUAAUUCAUAAUAUUAAGAAAAUAAAAAUAUCCCCUAAAAAGUUAUACUUGUGGAGUAUAUAUAAAUAUCGAGUCCCAUAACAUAAAAAAAUUGCACAUAGUUAACAAAUCACAACUCUCUCCCACAACUUAAUUAACAGUCGCCGGAAAAUCAAGAAUAUGGCCGAGUCGUGGUGGAGAGCGAGAAUUCAAACGCCGGAAUAUCCUCCCCGACGAUCAACUGAGUAUGGUACAACCUCCGGCGACAACCCAUUAAUCGCCGAGGACUUCGCCGACGUUUUCGGUGGGCCCCCUCGCACAAUUCUCUCCCACCAGUUCGCCACCAGAUUCUCUAUAUCGUCGUCGUCGAGAGCAGGUACUGGUUUCUUCUACGAGGAUAUUUUCCGGGGGGCGGAGAAGGCGGCGAAGUCCGUUGAGAGGAGUGGCCGGAACCUGCCGCAGUUCAAAAUUCCGGCGGGAAACCAGAGGAGCCCCGAUCUUAAUUACCAGCGGACCCGUCGGAACGGUAGCAGCAGCAUUGAUAGCGAUAAUUUCGGGUGGGAUGAUGAGAGUUUUGUGGUCCGGUCAAGAUCACGGUCAAAGACGAGUUCUUCGUCGGCGUUCAGCUCCGAUGACUUCAGUCCUCUCCGUCCGGCGAUCUCCGACGAUGCUUCCUUCUUCGCUCCGAAACUCCGAGCCGGUCGGAAUUCGACAAGAACGGGAAAUUACCAAAAACCCCAACAAAAAUCGCCAUUUUUUACAGACAAUAAUAAACCCAUUUUCAACUCCGAAAAAGACUUCUUUGAGAAGUCGAGCAACUGCCAAUCAGCAGAAAGUAUUAGCCACAGCAACUGCCACGUGUCAGCAGAUGAUUUGCACUUCAACUCACCUUCAUCGGAUGUUUCGUCAGCUUCACACUCAGACUCAGAUCUAGAGAGAGAAACCUCCGAAAUUGUGCAUACGAUUUGGAGACAAGAUCACUUCAUGGAAGAAGAAGAAGAUGAAGAUGAAGAUGAAGAAUCUGUAUACUCAUUUAUUAAUAUUGAAAUCAAUUCAAAUAAUAACAGAGAACGAACAUGUGAACCAGACGCCAUAGACGAAGCUAUCGCAUGGGCAAAACAGAAAUUUCACACACACUGCUCCGAAGAGAAACAAUCAAAAGAACUGGUAAAUGAGGACGAUCUUCCAGAAGAGAACAAAGAAAGAUUUCAAUCAAUGAUACAAGUGGAGAUGCAAAUACAGGAAAUGAAGAUAUUACUGUGGUUAACAGGCAAACAAGCCGAUAUUCGGUUGCUAUUAUCGUCUCUGCAUAAUAUUCUAUGGAAUAAUAGUGGUUGGGUGACGAUAUCUCUUAUAAAUAUAACCGAAAACUCGCAAGUGAAGAAAGCUUAUCAGAAAGCACAGCUGUGUUUACAUCCCGAUAAGCUGCAACAGAGGGGCGCCACCGUACCGCAAAAGUACAUUGCCGAGAAGGUCUUUUCUGCACUUCAGGAUGCCUGGGCUGCAUUUCUCUGCUAGGAUGUCAGUAUACAAAUUGCGGCGUGAUUCUACAGCAGAAUCAUCGAGCAAAUGACAGUCACUUAUGAGUCGAGUUUUAGAGUUUAGUUCACGAAAUAUUUAUCAAUUUUCGAUCCAGCACAUUUAUCUUAAAUGAUUGUGCAUUAAUCUGAAACGAGAUUACCUUAGUUUGUGUGUACUAUAGUACUACUAUUCGAAUGUUUCGGGAAAAAUUCAGUUUUCACCCAUCAAGUUUGCACUGAUUUCGUAUUUAGUCCUUCAUAUUCACAAGAAAACUUUUUUAGUCCUUCUCGUCAAUUUUCCGUUAGUACUAACGUAAUCACGCGUGUGCCAAUGACUGCCCUAAGAGACGAACUAACGGUAAAUUAACGGGAAAUUACCAAAAGUGUUUUAUUGAAACAUGAGGGGCCAAAUGUGAAAUCGAUGCAAACUCGAGGGGUGAAAACUAUAAUUUUCCCAAAAGUUUCUCUAAUUCUUGCCGACAUUAUUAUUAAUCUUUUACUACAUGAUAAAAAAGCUACUUUAUUUUUUCUCGCGUGGAAAAAAGAAUGUUGAAUCCUUAACUUUGAAUGAUGAUCUUUUUAAUGGUGGCAAAAAAAAAAGUGAGGAAGAUAAAAACAGAUAAUUAUUAAUUACUACACAAAGCCAAGUUGAUUAACCACUAAUUACACAAUUUACAUUGCAUUAAAAAUAAAUAAAUAAAAAAUAGUAAAAGAAA